AUGAUGAACACUCGCAUGCUCUCAAAAGAAGACGAGGCCGCAAUCGGCAGCUCAGAAGACAACGAAGUGCGCCGCGAGGACCAAGAGAAGAUCAACCGCUUCAGUCGUCUUCACCAGCGCGAGACCGUUCUUGAGGAGAAGCUGAAGGGGAAGCAGAAAGAUAAAGAAGAUCUAGAAGAGAUCUCGACUGAGCUAGAGCUCGCAGAUGAGGAUGAACUAGUCCCGUAUAAAAUUGGAGACUCGUUCGUGCAUCUCCCGCUGGAAGAGGCGCAGACGCUUCUCGCGUCUUCAACGGAACAGAUUGACUCUGAAGUAGCCAAGCUGGAGGAGACACUGGGUGACUUGCGCGACGAGAUGCAGCAGUUGAAGGUGGCUCUCUACGCGAGGUUUGGAAGGAGUAUCAACCUGGAGACCUGA